AUGUGGAGGUUAACGUGCAUCAGUUUGGCCCUGCUCUUAUAUGUUCAAGGUUCACUUUCUCAGUUGAAUGUUUGUGGACAAGCCCCUCUAAACAACCGUAUUGUGGGUGGUGUGGAUGCCUUUGAGGGGUCGUGGCCGUGGCAGGUCAGUCUGCACAGCACUACCUAUGGAGGUCAUUUUUGCGGAGGCUCCCUCAUCAACAGUGAGUGGGUGCUGACAGCAGCUCACUGUUUACCUGGUGUCAGUGCAUCCAGCCUGCUUGUGUACUUGGGAAAGAAAACCCAGCAGGGAGUCAAUACCUAUGAAAUCAGUAGAAAGGUCGCCACGAUCAUCGUUCACCCCUCCUAUGACAGUCAAACCAGUGACAAUGACAUUGCUUUGCUGCGCCUGUCCUCGGCAGUUACCUUUAAUGACUACAUUAGACCCGUGUGUCUGGCGGCCCAGAACAGCGUCUUCCCUUCUGGCACCAGCAGCUGGAUCACAGGCUGGGGAGAUGUUCAGUCUGGAGUGAGCCUACCUGCUCCUGGGACUCUCCAGGAGACUAUGGUUCCAGUGGUGGCUAAUACUCAGUGUGAUACUCUGCUGGGUUCUGGAUCUGUUACCAACAACAUGAUCUGUGCCGGUUUAUUGGAGGGAGGUAAAGACACCUGCCAGGGUGACUCUGGAGGUCCAAUGGUGAGCAAGCAAUGUUUGGUGUGGGUUCAGUCUGGUAUCACCAGCUGGGGUUAUGGCUGUGCCGAUCCCAACGCACCUGGUGUUUACACGCGAGUUUCACAGUAUCAGAGUUGGAUCACCACCACCAUUGUCCAGAAUCUCCCAGGAUUCGUCGUCUUCAACCCUACAAGCACAUGCCAACCUGUUUCUACAACCUUACCUGCUCCUACUACAUCACCUACUUCUACUACCUCAACCACUUCUACUACAUCACCUACUUCGACUACCUCACGAACUUCUACUACUUCAGCAACAAUAACUACUACCCUAAGACCUCCACCCAAUCAGACCUCAAUUUCUUGUCGAAAGAGAUGUGGUGAGAGAUUUGACAUCCGUAACCGCUGCAACUGCAAUUAUCGCUGCCGCAUAAACUGCUGUAAGGAUUACGAAAAGCGAUGCUGAUCACAUGGGGUGACUCUUGUUUGGCACAAGCUUCUACAUGGCACAACUUCUCUCUCUGUCUCUCUCUCUCUUUAUAUAUAUAUAUGUUUUCAGUUUCUUCAUACAUUCUAUAAGCUGUCCAAGUACAAUAAAUAUUUCUUUAAAUCAGCAAAAAAAUGGCUCAGAUUUAAAUUCUUUUCUCUAUUCAGACUAAAGAUUUAUUUUAAAUCAAAUGUGUCAAAAAAUUAAAUUUCAAAUUCUUGUAGCAUACAAAGCAUACAAAAUAAUAUGAUAUAAUUGUAUUAUAUAAUAUCAGCAUUCGGUGACUAUAUAAUUUGAGUCUGUAAUCUGUAUCUAUAAAUGACCAA